GGGCCUCUCGAACGACGAGCGCGGCUUCGCGCGGUGGCUCGCGCACUUCGUCGGCGCCGCGUGGCGGCCGGCGUUCGCCAAAGCGCGGGCGAAGCUCACGCCGGAGCUGCUCCGCGAGCGCGUCGACGGCUGCCUCCACCCCGUGGACCUCCAGGCGCGCACGCUGGCCUGCCGCGACGACGAGCGGACGGGCGAGUCCCACUUCGAGGGGUCGGAGCGGACGGACCUCGCGGCCGCGCGGGGCAACCUCGGCGACGCGGACGUCGUGGGCCUCGCCGAGUUCUACCACGAGAGCGUGUGCCUCGUGCUCUACGCCUACGCCGGGGAGCUGCCGGAGUUCUGCGCCUGCGGGUCGACGGCGCCGUACCGGCACGCGGAGGUCCGGCACAACUCCGCGCACGCGGGCGUCAACGUGUCGGGCACCUUCGCGCCCGCGGCGGCGGCGGCGCUCGACGCGCUCACGGCCCUCGACGCGGCGCUCUACGUCGCGGCGCUGGCGCGGUUCCUCGCCGACGUCCGCGAGGUCGAGGCCGCGGCGGGCGCGCGGAUCCUGUGCCCGGCGUCGGCGGCCGCCUUCUGUGCGGCGGUGCCAACCAUCAUGGCGGUGCCCGAAGAAGCCGCGACCAUCAAGGCGGUGCAAACCAUGAUCGCGGAUCCGGCCCCCCUGCCGCCGGCCGUCCGCGCGCUCGUGGUGGUGAUCGCGCAGGACAUGCUCGACCCCGAGCUCCUCGGAAGCGUCGCGCCGUGCCACACGGCCGUGGGCGAGGCCGCCGUCGCGGCCGCGGAGCGGAUGCUCGCGGCGAUCGGCCUGCCGCUCGACAAGGUCCUGCCGACCGGCCGUCGCCUCUUGGACGGACUGAAUCGGCCCGCGCCCCCGGAGCCGGCGCCGCGGGGCCUCUUCCCGCGCCUCGCGUGCAUGCGGCCGCUCGAGGGCCUCCGGGUCGAGGUGUCGGCGGAGGCGGCGGCGUGGGAGCCGAAGCUCCGCGCGGCCGGCGCCGUCGUCGUCGAAGGGGACGCGGACGUGCUCGUCGCGGGCGCCGACGCGCCGGAGCCGGCCUGGGAGAACGACGGCGAAUUCCUCGCAGAGGGCCCCGUGGGCGUCGGCGGCGCCGCGCUCGACUUCUUCGUCUUCGAUCCCUGGACGAGCGAGGAGCGGAAUUUCACAUCCGGCGCCGAGCUGAGCGACGACGACGUGCGCGAGCUCGUCAACGGGGGCGACGGCGACUGGUCCGCGGGCGGCGUCCGCGCGUGGCGCACGGACGACGCCUCGGGCGACCCCCCCUGGCAGGACCUGACGCUGCGGACGCACGAGCACGCGCGGAGCGGCGACAAAAUUUACGAGUGGAACCACGGGAUGGGCGACAACGAUUACGGCAGCUACCACUACGCAGCGAAGGCUGCCGCACGGAGCGAGUCCGUCUUUUUUUGCUCCAACGACGGCGGCGAUCUGCAGCUCCUCGAGGAUUUCGAGGUCGCCGCCGCCGACGAGCGCGCGCUCGCGUCGGCAAUGUGGUGCCUCGAUCAAGACGACCUCGGGCGCGUCGAGGCGACGCCGCUCGCGCCGCGAUUCAAGAACGCCGAGUUCCAGAGCUUCGCCCACAAGCUCGACUCCUGGGCCACCGUGCGCGAUCGGCGCGCGGGCCGGACCACGGGCCUCGUGAGCGUCCGCGCGGGCAUGUUCUCCGACGCCGCCGAACGCGGGAUCGGCGACAGCGAGUUCGGCCCGACUGGGGCGCUCCUGCGCGUCGUGUCGCUCGAGCACUGCCGGUCGCUCGACGACGUAUAA